AACAGAAGCCGGGGCCUGGGCCUGGGCCUGGGCUCUCGCUUCUUUAAAUUCUCCCACUCCUUCACUCGCUUCGUACACGAGAGCCAAGCUGCGACGCCACUCGAGGGCACGACACAAGCUGACGUUUCCCUUAACCCAAACGGCGGCGCGAGGAAGCAGCCAAUCAAUUUCCUCGUAGAGGCAUGACGAGCUCGUCGGGGCAGCUCAAGAGGCUGAAGCCGCUGUACCAGCUGGCGGUGAACAACAUCCUCGCCGUCGUCGCCGUGCCGCUCGCGGCGGCGGUGGUGUUGAAGGCGGCGGAGCUCGGGCACGAGGAGAUCCUCGCCAGGGCGCGCGCGCUCCCGCCGGCGCACCUGUUCUUGGCCGCGUUCGUCCCGGCCGCGGCGGCGGUUGUCUACCUCAUGCUCCGCCCCCGCGCGGUGUACAUGGUGGACUACGCGUGCUUCCGCACCAGCCCCAACUGCCGCGUCCCGUUCGCGACGUUCCUGGAGCACUCCCGCGUGUGGCCGGGCUUCGAAGAGCGGAGCGUCCGGUUCAUGACGCGCCUGCUCGAGCGAUCGGGCCUCGGCGAGGAGACCUGCCUGCCCUACGCGCAGCACUACAUCCCGCCGUCGCGCGACCUCGAGUCAUCCCGCGCCGAGGCCGAGCUCAUCAUCUUCUCCGCCAUCGACGACCUGCUCGCCAAGACCGGCAUCUCCCCCCAGGACAUCGACAUCCUCGUCGUCAACUGCAGCCUCUUCGCCCCGACGCCGUCCUUCACCGACAUGAUCAUCAACCGGUACAAGCUCCGCAAGGACGUGCGCAACGUGCACCUCUCCGGGAUGGGCUGCAGCGCGGGGCUCAUCUCGGUGGGUCUCGCCAGGAACCUGCUCCAGGUCGCGCCCAAGGGCGCGCACGCGCUGGUGGUGUCCACGGAGACCAUCACGCCAAACUACUACAUGGGCCAGGAGCGUGCCAUGCUGCUGCCCAACUGCCUGUUCCGCAUGGGCGGCGCCGCCGUGCUCCUCUCCACCAACGGUGCCAAGGCGCGGUUCCGGCUGGCGCGCGUGGUGCGGACUCUGACCGGCGCCCAGGACGGUGCGUACCACUGCGUGUACCAGGAGGAGGACGGCCGCGGCAACGUUGGGAUCAACCUCUCCAAGGACCUGAUGAGCAUCGCCGGCGACGCGCUCAAGGCCAACAUCACGACCAUGGGCCCGCUGGUGCUCCCGGCGUCGGAGCAGCUCCUCUUCGCGCUCUCCUUCAUGGCGCGCAAGGUGCUGAGCGGGCGGAUCAAGCCCUACAUCCCCGACUUCCGCACGGCGUUCGAGCACUUCUGCAUCCACGCCGGCGGCCGCGCCGUGAUCGACGAGCUGCAGCGCAGCCUCACCCUGUCGGACGAGCAGGUGGAGGCGUCCCGCAUGACGCUCCACCGGUUCGGCAACACGUCGAGCAGCUCGCUCUGGUACGAGCUCGCCUACGUCGAGGCCAAGGGCCGCAUGCGCAAGGGCGACCGCGUGUGGAUGAUCGGCUUCGGCUCCGGCUUCAAGUGCAACAGCGCCGCGUGGGAGUGCAUCCGCCCCGCCGCCAACGCCGACGGGCCAUGGGCCACCUGCAUCCACCGCUACCCCGUCGACAUCCCCGACGUGCUCAAGCACUAACCGAGUCACUCACAACUCCAGCAUCCUCUCUGUGUUCGUGCCCGAUCACAAUCGAUUCGUGCAAAAAUAAUUAUCACUAACAGUUUGAGAGACACCGAGGGCUGACGUGUGUAGUUGCCGCGGUGAUCGUCGUGUCAAGACAGGUCAUGGUACGUCUGCGGCGCGGCGCGGUUCAGGCUGGUGCGUCUGCGGCGCGGCGCGGCGCGACGCGGGGGGGGGGGGGGGGGGGGGGGGUUUAAUUGGUUCGAUCGCUUUACCACUCGCUUCAGCUGAAGUACUCCAUAUAUUGAUACACAAGUUUGGUGUUACCCGUGAUGUACUUAGUAGUGGUCCCAUGUGUCUCGCUUUUAUUUUCUUUUUCUCUUCAUUUAUCUCUUCCUUGAUGUACUGAUACUGUUUAUCACAGGGAAAAGGGCACCAUCGAUCACUCUAUCCAAAAGCAUGUAACUUUGACAGAAAUGAAACUUCCAGCGGUACAAAGUUGCUCCUAUACUGUAAAGCAGACCUAUAGUUGCAUACAUUCAUGAAGAAUCUAGUAAGGUCUGGCAUGUUCCUGAA